CGUUGGUUGUGCUGUGUCCACGCCAUCAAAGCACUCACCGCGCGAAACGUCUUUUUCGUCCAUCGUUCCCUCCCCUCGUUCGCGGCUUCUGCUUUCUUGGAGACGACGCACCUCACUCCGGCGUAACCUCCGGUCCCCUGUUCCGCCGCCGAUCAAGCAAGGGAAGAUGAGUGAGGUGUUUGAAGGAUACGAGCGGCAGUACUGCGAGCUGUCGGCGAAUCUGUCGAGGAAGUGCACCUCAGCUUCGGCUGCUGAUGGAGAGCUGAAGAAGCAAAGGAUUUCUGAAAUAAAAGUUGGAAUUGAUGAAGCAGAAUCUUUGAUUCGGAAAAUGGACCUGGAGGCAAGAAGUUUGCAGCCAAAUGUCAAAGCAGUGCUCCUCGCUAAGUUAAGGGAAUAUAAAUCUGAUCUGAACAACCUAAAAAGUGAAGUUAAAAGACUGUCAUUGGGUAAUUUGGCUGCUCGAGAUGAGCUGCUGGAAUCAGGAAUGGCUGACGCUCUGACGGCAUCAGCAGAUCAAAGAGCCAGACUGAUGACAUCUACAGAAAGAUUGAACCAGUCUGGUCAUAGAGUUAAGGAAAGUAGAAGAACCAUGCUGGAGACGGAGGAGCUUGGCGUUUCAAUUCUUCAAGAUUUGCAUCAACAGAGACAGUCUCUCUUACACGCCAACAACACGCUUCACGGAGUGGAUGACAACGUUGGUAAGAGCAAGAGAAUUUUGACUGCCAUGUCUCAGAGGAUGAGCAGAAACAAGUGGAUCAUUGGCGCAAUAAUUGCAGUUCUUGUCAUUGCUGUGGUACUGAUAUUGUACUUCAAACUCAAGUAGUGAAGCAUUGUAAUGUUUGCUCUGGGUUUGCCUUUUGGUUUGGGGGGUGGAGUGUGUAUUUUUGCGGUCUUCUUUGCCUGUUGAGCGAUAACAUUAGAGAAAUUUAUACCGCGAUCUCUUCUGCGUCCUGUUUUCGCUUGAA